GGCCAACUUGUUUUCUAAUUCCAAAAUGCAUUUCUCCAAAACUUACGCCAGACUUCUUCUUGAUCUCCCACCAGAACUCAGAGAGAAUGCCAUUCAAUACCGCGAACUCAAGAAACUUAUUAAUCAAGUUGUCCUGGAGCUCAACGCUUUAGGUCUUCAUCCUGAUAUCCUACAAAAGCUCUUGGAAGAUGAAAACAAAGUCAAUUUGAAAGGAAAGCAGAAGGAAACAUCAGAGCACGUUUUCGACACCGCCGUUCAUCCGAAAGUCGUCUAUGAAUUCAACAGCAAGUCCGGGAGGAUCGAGCCGCAACUGAGAAUCUGGAUAGAUUCUCCUUCACCGUGGUCUCAAGCUUCCUCGGAUGCUCCGUUGGACCUGGAGGCUAAUACAGAUGCAGGAAAUGAGCGAGAGUCGGAAACGCCAGAGGAGUACUCGGACGAUAUCUCAGGAAGGAACAUAAGUCUAUUGUGGGCUUUGCAGAGGAACUCUACGAUCCAGGGUUGGGAAGAGGAUUCUUCCCAAAUAUCAGAGGUUACAGAUGACGAACCGUUGCCUGUGAAACAUCCAACAAUUGGUUCACAGAGCCAAGGGACUUCACGGGAGGUUGUCAUUCCGUUGGUGAAGGACUCAGCGUUCUUCGAACUUUUGUCAACGGCGCUUCACAAUCUUUCCGAUCGCAUGUCUACUUUGUACACGGAUUUCGCAGACACAUUGGAAACAGUUUCGAGAAAGGUCGGUGACUCUGCCAGGCCGAUAUCGUCUCGUAACAACAGUUUUCACCCACAUUCUGUGCUAUCGAAUCCCGGGACCAUCAGCUUUCCUUCCAGAACUAACAAGAGUGAUCUCUAUUCUUGGCGGGAGAUUUUUCAACUGUACGUUGAGACCGAGGUGUUCGAAAGUUCAAACGAAGCAAAUGCAGGCGCGCUAUCAAUCGAGGAGAGUGAAAGGCGGUUAAAGCUAUUCGCAGAACGAGUCACUUCUAGAGGACUCGGUGACAAACGGAAACUCAAAUUGAAGCAGAGUCAUGAGGCUCUUGAGUCGUUCCUACAAAUGAACAUGUUCAUUUUGAACGUAAAGAAGCUCGAACAAGCCAACGCCGAAGCCACCCGAAAAAUCCUCAAGAAGCACGCCAAACGAACCGCACUUCCUAUUCCUCCCGGCCAAGACUAUUACGCGCGAGAACUGGCACUCAUCCCUCGUUCAAAAGCCAACUCUUCAAUAAACUCCCUCCCACGAUUACUCGUCCAAGCUCUAGGCGAAACCCUCCUUCCGAUCAUACCACAUGUUGACGACUACGCUUGUAUCAUUUGCACCAAUCUCGCCUUCAAACCCAUACGGCUUAGUUGUGGGCAUCUGUUCUGCGUACGUUGUUUGGUAAAGAUGCAGAAAAGAGGUCAGGGAGAUUGUCCAAUGUGCAGAGCGCCGACGGUUUUGAUAGCAGAUCGAUCGAAUGUUGAUUGGGGUCUCAUGAACUUUAUGGAAGACUGGUUCUCGGAGGAGGCUCAUGAGAAACUCAAGGCGAGUGAGAAGGAGGCUACAGAAGAACAUUUACGGGAGAUGGGCUUCAAUCCUGACCAGAAGUGCGUCGUUAUGUGAACUGUCUGUUAUGGUAGCAACCAGUAAGAAAUACAAAAAGCGACCGACUUCCCAUUUGCGGUAUGUAAUCGCCUUAUUAUCACUAUAUGUUUGGCUCGGCUGUGAGUAUUUGGUAUUUACCGCAAUCGAGAGUCAGUUGCCUCGCUUAUCAAACCUCGGCGUGCCGUGCCGAUAUGUUAGUUGAUCCGACCGGUUCGGCAUUUGAAUAGUUGGCAUUAACCAUACGCUUGAUGACAUACAAAAAUAUCAUUUGUUAUAGAUAGAUAGAUAGAUAGAUAGAUA